AUGUCAAGACUGACGCGCUCACCCCCCGGAGGUGAGUUACAACAUGCACUAUCCGACACAGAUGUUAACAAAAUAGCUACCAAUGCUCCUGCUACUUUAUUUGUGUCCCAACGAUUAAAACGGCAGCGUCAACCUAGUGAAGAUAAUUUCCUGGCUUUUAAAGAAGAAAUGAUAAAGAUGCUUGCAGACUGGAAAGAUAAGCAGACAUCUUUAAUGAAUACCUUAAUUACUGAGAUCACUGAUAUCAAAACGCAAAAUGCUGGCAUUAAACAAACAAAUGAGGAAAUCCAAAAAUCGUUAACAUUCCUCAGUGAUCAAUAUGAUAGUAUGAAACAAGCUGUUGAUGAUCUUACCAAGGAACGAAAACAACAUCUUUCAUACAUAGCCUCAUUAGAAACUAAGAUUGAAGACAUAGAAAGAAAUCUUAAGGCUUCAGUGAUAGAAAUACGAAAUAUUCCGGUUCCUGCUGAGCGUGAAACUAAAACAGAUUUAUGUAAUAUUGUGCAAAAAACCUGCAAAGCACUCGCGAUCAAUGUACAGAAAUCUGAUAUCAGAGACACGUAUAGGGUAAAUGGUAAAUCCAAUAAAGGAACUAUUGUAGCGGAGCUGGCUUCAGUCAUUAUGAAAAAUGAUAUUCUGGAAGCAUUGAAAUCAUUCAAGAAACAACAUGCUGAUCAAAGAUUGAAUACCACCAUCAUUGGAUUAAAUGGCCCAAACACCCCAAUUUAUGUGUCCGAAGCUCUCACUAAUAAAGGAAGAAGACUAUUUUUCCUCGCAAGAGCCUUCGCUAAGGCUCAUGACUAUAAGUUUUGUUGGUCAAACUACGGUAGAAUAUUCCUCAGAAAAAACGCUGACUCUCCUCAUACCGAAAUCAAGGACGAAGCUCAACUCACAGCACUUCGUAAUCAAAUGUGA